AUGUCCUCCCAGCAAACUACCGCAUACCUCGCCCGCAUCCGCGACCGCAUCGCUGCUGUCCGCCAGAACGCAAACACUACCUCCCUCAAGACGAGAAUAACCAAUACCGUGCGCCGAGAUAGUCUAGGUCGACGAGGAGAGGUCGCUCGCCAGACACUUGCCGCUUCCCUAGGCGAGUACUAUGAAGCGCAGAGGUCAGAGGAUGACUUGAGAGAUCUAAGUCCUGUAGCGGGAUGUUGGGACGGGGAAAAUGGGGAGGAUGUGGAAUGGGAUGGAAGAUCGGAUAGCAUGGAGCCUUUGAGAGAUGGAGAAGGGGAAGAUUAUGGAGAUGGAGAUGGAGAUGGAGAUGAGGAGAGAGAAGAUUGGGAAUUGGACAUGGACAGGGAGGAUGAGCGAUGUAUGGAAGUCGAUCGAUUUAUGGAUUUGGAAAGCCUCAUAGCAGAGGAGAGGUUCUUGAAUGGAGAGGUAGAGAGUGAGAUGUAUGUCGCUUAUCAUAGUCUGAACAAUGUGUGGGUCGGUAAGAAGAAAGGCUGCCAGAUACAAGAUACGCUCCAGAAGUGCAGCGAAGAGGCGCCGGAUACUGAAAAGCUAGAAGACGAGGAGGAUGUCAUAUCAAACCCCUACCCUGAAGACAACGACCUCAUAUCACUCACACGCCAAUAUAAGAACAAUAUAACCCCUCACCCAGCCCCCAACAAUUCAAGAAAAGCAAAUACAGGGUCCCCAGCCGGAUUGUCGAAAACAUCGAUCCCUUACUCCGAAGACGCCCCAACCUCCAUCCACCAACCCUCUCCACCAUCACAAUCCUCAUACUCCCCCCACCGCAUCAUAACAGCAUCCGCUCACCUUUCACGCUUCCCAAUCUAUCCGCCAGAUCGUAUAAUACCGCCCAUUGCGCCGUUCAACGCAUCGCGGCCCCACUUACCACCAGUACCCCACGCGCCAUCUAAUUCAACACAAAGUAACGCGCCCCCCAUCCCAGACUCGCAAACCAAUGCACACAAUAAUGUAGAAGAUUAUGCAUCAAACCACCCCUACCACGGUAUGAACCAGCAAGAAACCCAGGAAUAUUGGCAUCACCUGGAGAAUUAUAACACGGAGAGUGAACGGAAACUCAGGCGGGGAGAGGUAGCAGAUGGACACAGCAGGCCACGCGCUUUAUCCUCGCCUGUUCAAUACCGUAAUGACCGUGUUUUUGAUUCCGCUGGAGAGGAUUGUCAGCGGGAUGCACGGGUUAGUCAGGCAAGGGAUGGUGAGGUUAUGCGGCAGCAUUUGGAUAAUUUGAGUCCGAAGACAAGGACAUCGAGAUUUCUGGAGACGGAGUGUGAGCAGAGGGAGCAGGUUGGAAUGAAGAAGGUGAAUGUGGUGGGUCGAUUUUUCAGUAAUUUCGCGUGUCGACCUGGUGCAGUUACGCCAGAAGAUGCUGCUGUGCCUGUUAAUGACAGUGCGCCUGCUGGCAUGGUGUCUAUUGUACCGAAAAAAUAUGCUAUGGCCUAUCUUUCGAGGAGGAUUAGGCGGCCGCAGCAGAAAGAGGAGGAUGCUAGACUUGGGGAGAGGCUUCUGGCAUUGCAAUUAUCUGCGCCCAACGAUAAGAGGGCGGGGGAUAUUGAAGACAACAGGAGAGCCACAGAAGACGCUCCACAAGUCCAGAGAGCUAACAAAAGGAGCGAGAACACACAACAUAGAUCAAAGCCUCGAGUCGUAAACGUGGAGAACCAGACACAGAGUGUCAUCGGCCCACCCGUUGAUCUCUCAAAGAUGAUACAACGCGCACCAGAUAGUAUCAGAACAUCAUCUCCGUUACUGGGAUCGGAAGUCGGGCCUUCAGGGAUCAGAGAGGGCGUUCAUUGUGCACGUCGGGAAACGCAUUCGGGCUCAAGCUCAAGUCUCAGUGACCGUCUACGGCAGACGAAGCUUGAAGAUCUACCUCUCCGCUUUGGAGCAGCAGAGGAGAUACGUAACCUAAUGCUGGAUCUCGAAAGAGAUCAAAACGUACCGACAAAUACCCCUAUUCAGCAUAGAGUUGGACACCCCGAUGCCAUCGAUCCAACCAAUACACCUGCUAGUCAAGCAAAUGAACUACCCGGUGGUUUCUCAAGGCUAGGAACUACCACCACACCUCCACAAUUCAGCACCUCCCCAUCCCACUCCCCCCGAGAAACUCUAGAACGACACUUCCGCACCCAACGCCAAGUCAAUGAGCGGUUCGCUCUACAAAUCAAAGCUGCUAAAUCACACUCAAGUAACCUUACCUUACCGCCGAGUUUCCGGGUACCGGAGAUGCAUAAUAGUGUGCUGACAAUUCCACGCGAGCCGAGCCCGUUGGCGCAGGUAGCUAGUGCUGAGGAUUUUGGGGCUACGAAUUUGGGCGAAGAAGAUGUUGACAGUGUUGAUGAUUGUGGUAUAGAUAGGGGUAAUGAGAACCGGCAAGCUGAUAUCGAGGACUUGGAGGAGUUUCCGGUGUGA